CUUGUACAAUGGCUUCCGACGACGACUACGAGAGGCUCACUAAGGAGGAGCGAGAAAAGCGCGACAAGGAGGAAAGAGAACGUGAAGCAGCUGAGCAAGCGACCUUGCCCUACAGAUGGACACAAGAGCUCGGUGAGGUCGAUGUCACAAUCCCCGUGCCAGAGGGGACGCGCGCCAAGGAUCUCAACGUGGUUAUCGCAAAGAAGAAGCUGAGAGUCGGCUUGAAAGGGCAGGAACCGAUCAUGGAUGGGGACCUCUGCAAAGAGAUCAAGGUUGAGGAUAGCACCUGGACGCUCCAGGACCAGAAAAACGUCCUUGUGCACCUGGAAAAGCUCAACAACCAAACAUGGUGGGAGAACGUCCUCACCCAUCAUCCCAAGAUCGAUACCCGCAAGAUUGAACCGGCGAACAGCAAAUUGAGCGAUCUUGACGGUGAAACGAGAGGAAUGGUUGAAAAAAUGAUGUUUGACAACCAGCAGAAGCAAAUGGGAAAGCCCACUUCCGAUGAGCUCAAGAAGAUGGAGGCAUUGAAGAAGUUCCAAGCGGCCCACCCUGAACUGGAUUUCUCGAAUGCGAAGAUCAGCUAAAGGUUGCAUUCCUAUCUGUCUAAUAGUCAGGGACUGUAUAUAGCAAGGGCAAAUAAUAGAGCUCAA